CUAUUGCAUUCUACAAUACAUGGUUCUAACAAAAUCGGGAAAUGGAAUGAAAUAAUUGUAAACUAAAGCCCUAUAAUACAAAAAAUGGCACCUCCAAAUCCUUCUCUACUCAGCUAUGAGACCCUCGUGCAUGCCCUGGCUGGGGCUACGGGAAGUGUUGCAAGUAUGGCUGCAUUUUAUCCACUAGAUACACUGAGGUCAAGGUUACAAGUUGAAGACUCCAACAAGUAUCAAGAUUCAUCUUCAUGGGAACUACUCAUAAAACUCGCAAAUGAGGAAGGUAUUGAUUCUUUGUACAGAGGUCUAGCUCCAGUACUGCAGUCUCUUUCUAUUUCCAAUUUUGUAUAUUUCUACACAUUCCAUGCUUUGCGUAGAACUGCUUCUACAAACUCAUCAGCAAUACAAGAUCUAAUGUAUGGGAUUGCAGCAGGUAGUAUCAAUGUACUUAUUACUUCACCCCUAUGGGUUGUAAACACAAGAAUGAAGUUGGAAAAUAAUACUUACAGCAGCUUAUUUGAAGGUCUAUUAACACUCUUUAAGAAAGAAGGAGUGAAAGGUCUGUGGUCCGGCACUGUUCCUUCAUUGUUGUUGGUCUCAAACCCGGCCAUUCAGUUCAUGGUGUAUGAGGCCUUGAAAAGGCACCUUGUGUCAACUGGGCAUUUCAAGAGCUAUUACGCUGCUUUCCUGGUGGGAGCAUUUGCUAAAGCCAUUGCAACAACAGUGACAUACCCACUCCAACUGGUGCAGAUGAGACUGCGCUCCGGUACAAGCAUGAAGCCUCUGUUCAGAGAUGUAAAAUCAAACCCAUGGCUCAUGUUCCGUGGUCUUGAAGCCAAAUUACUACAAACAGUAAUGACAGCUGCAUUGAUGUUCCUUAUUUACGAGAAGCUUGUUAAGUUAGUGUUUAGCAUAAUGAGAGUGAGAGCUAAACACAGCUAAGCAACUUAGUUGCUCAGAUGUUACAUUUGGUGAUAGUUUUAU